AUGAACCUCCUUCCUGACGAGAAGCGCGGCUGCAAGAAGUGUCCAACAACGUUUGCGGCGUCCACGUCCACGGGCACCCUCGCCAAGCACUUGAGGGUCUUCCAUGGCAUCACGCAGGACACGGUCGCUCCGUCAUCGGUGGCGACCCAGAGGUCCAUCACCGACCACCUCCCUUUGGCGGCGAAGCUCAAGUAUGACUCGGCCAUCGCCACGUACGUCGUCUCAGAGGUUCUCCCGUUGGUGCACGUCGCCUCGCUCGGCCUCCGCUCGUUGGUGAGCUAUGGACUACCUCUCAAUCCCGGCCACGUCGGUGCCGAGCGAGCGAGCCAACUCUGCGGCAAAGCGCGUCUUUGA